AUGGCCGCUGCUCGGUGCCCUUCCCUUGUUCUCAUGCUGCUACUGUCCUGCUGCGCCGCCGCCGCCGCGGAUGAGAAGCUGACCCACCUCCACUUCUACUUCCACGAGGUCGAGGCCGGCGCGCCCAACGCCACCAUCGUCAGCGUCGUAAGCCUCAACAAGAGCGCGCCGGCGUUCGGUGACGUGGAAGUCUUCGACAACGAGCUGCGUGAAGGCCCGGACCCGGCGUCGCGGCUCAUCGGCAGGGCGCAAGGCUUUGGGGUGAACGCGUCGCUGGACGGCUCCAGCAUAUUCACGGCCAUCGACUUUGUCUUCUCCGGCGACUACGGGGAGUACACUGGCAGCACGCUGACGACGCAGGGCCAGCUCGACCCGACGGGGGGACCCUCGGAGCGCAGCAUCGUGGGCGGCACCGGCAAGCUCCGGUUCGCGCGAGGGUACAUGAAGAGCAGGCUGCAGAGCUCCACCAACACCACCAGCGUCUUCGUCUUCGACAUGUACUUCACCCUGGCCCACUGA